AUGCUCGACUGUUCGGUUGUAAUGACGGCAUUUUUCACGAUUGCCAUGGGAAUGCUGCUCAUUGACUUGUCAUCUCUGCAGGAGAACAUGGUUUGCUCGGCGAACUACGGCAACGCAAGUACGUGCCCAGAAGUUUUUUUUUCUCAAAGCUAUCAUGCGGCACGAAUGAAGUUUAGGGAUGCAGCCAAGGAGGCGAAGGCCGAGUGGAAGCAACACACUGUUCUCCAAGAAGACGGUUUCGAAUACUCCGUUGAUACCGCAUUUGUGCGCGGGAAAAAAGCAAAGAACCUCCUCAUUCACAUGUCAGGCACGCGCGGAGUGGAUGGAUUUACAGGGAGUGCCGUGCAGGUGAAACUGCUGCGCGAGUGGAACAGCAGCCGCGGGGAUGGUCCGUCGGUGCUUUUUGUGCACGCCGUCAACCCUUAUGGCAUGGCGCACUUUCGGCCCUACAAUGAGAAUAAUGUCGACCUCAGUCGCAACUAUCUUUCCCCCGAGGAGUGGAGUCAUGUACUGGAACGCGAUAAUGCAAAUAAUUCUGGAUAUAAUGAGAUUGUGGCCCCCCUGCUGAUGUCAAGGGCUCCACGUUUCAUUGACCGGUAUGCUUUUUUUUACCACCUCCUCAAGCGGAUUGUCACGAAGGGACUUGGUGCGUUCAAACAGACUCUUUCCGGUGGCCAGUAUCACCAUCCCGAUGCUGUGGGCUUUGGUGGUCAUGAGGAGCAGCGUGCCAUCACCGUCCUCCGUGAGGUUUUCAAAGCACAUGUCGAAACGGGCAUUGAGAAAUCCAUUGUGUUGGAUGUAUGCACCGGCCCUGGAUCGGAGGGCUCAGAGACGAUUGUUUCCAACUCACGUGAGGAGAGGGUGGUCGCAGAGAAGAUCUUCAAGGGAGCGAAAAUGCAGAGCAGGAACGACGAAACGGAGCAAAUAGGUGAAAUUCGACCAAGCGAUACUUUUGUAAAAAACAGUCUUAUCAUCAAACAAAAUUUUGGUACUGUAAAUUGGCUCUUUUUUGUGCGUGCGCUAUUUCUUGAGAAUGCAGCCUACAAACACGCGAAGGGGAGUCAUGUGCACGCGGUCAUGCAGGAGUGGUUGAAGGAUGCCUUCUACCCGCAGACAAUGGCAUACAAACGGGCGGUGCUGAAAAAGGGCGUGGCUGCUUUUGACAGUGCAUGGAAGCAUUUAUCAUGA